UUUUUCUCUAUUAUCUAAUAAUUAUUAUGAUCUUUACUUUAUUCUUCAGAACUUUGGUUGCUUACAUUGAAGAAAUUUCUAAUACUGAAACUUACAUCAAUAAAUUAAAAAAUGUCGAGUUUGAAAUUAAAAAAUGUAUAUUGAAUAAUAAUGAUGGGACAAAAAUACAAUGUAAUAUGUACAAUGAAAUUAUUGGUCUUUUUGCUGCAAAAUUAAAUUUGAAUGAGAAAGUAUUAAUUCGUAAUGCAUCAAUAGUCGAAGCUAAAAAUUACACCAAGGGUAAUUUACCUUUUGAAAUUAAUAUCCAAAAGUUUUCCACCAUUGACUCUUUAGGAGAAUUUCAAUGGAGAAAUUCGAAAAUUGAUAACAUUGAUUUUAAUGAAAUUCCCCAUAAAAAUGGUUACGUUAAACUCAUUGGAUACAUAUAUAAUGAAUUUGUCGUACGCAAUGAAAAAAAAAGUCACGAGUAUUUUGGAUCAAUAACAGAUAAAAAACAUAAGUUAGAUAUAUUAUUAAUCACAUCUACAGAGGAAAAUCUAAAUAUUGAACUGGGUUACAAAAUUGAAGUUACAGGAGAUUUACAAAAAAAUGGAAAUAGUUUUUUAUUAAAAGUUAAUAACUUAGAACAAAUAAAAGUUAUUAGCAAUACUCCAUUGGAUCUUGUUGAACUUUUGCAAGGAUCAGAAAUAUUUAUCAGUGAGAAUAGCAAUCAAGAUGAAUCAUCAACGGAUUAAGAAAAAAACAUUUUGUACACAUUUGUAAAUUUUUUCGUUUAAGUUUUUAAUACAUCAAGAUUUUUCUUUAAUAAUCUUUUAUAUAUUGUUUAAAUUACCUGAAAUAAAAAAUUAUUAAAAUUACAUAAAAAUUUAACAUCUAAAUA